AUGACAUCCUUUGUACCCAUCGACCACUUCACCAAAACUACACUCACAGCUAUUCCCCCUGAUGAGAAACCAAACUACAACAGCCUCAAAAUCAUCCACCAAGAGCUAAAUGCCAAUGCAAUGACAAUCCCAUCCGCCCUUGGAGGAGGACAUUAUGGACACCUCGCAUUGGUGCUACAGCCCAUCACCUACAACGACCUACCAUAUACCAUCCCUUGGGAAAACCCAGAACAUCCAGGUCCAGCCCCAGAUCACGGGGUAGCACCAACAGGACCCCAAAUCACCGAAAACAAUCGAGUAUAUGCCGCCAGAGAACAACGUUUCCUCAUCUACAGAGCUACUGAAACAACGCUCCAGAAGCAACUAUUGGAAGCAGUUCCAGAUACAUUCACCAAAGCAUUGAAAAAUGAACUCUACGGAUAUGCCCAAAUCACCGUUCGCACCCUCCUACAACACCUCGACACCAAGUAUGGCAAAGUAGAUGCCGACGACCUAGUCGAUAACAUCAAGAGAAUGGAUGCAAAUUGGAGCCCCGAUCAACCCAUUGAAGAUCUCUUCAAUCAAGUCAAGGACGCUCAGAAGUUUGCAGCCGACCAUGAUCCUAUUACAGAUAAAAUGGCAGUCCGCGCAGCCAUCGCAAACCUAACCAACAGUGGAGUCUUCACCGACGCCAUGAAAGAUUGGAGGAAGAAAGAAGAAGAAGACCAAGCCUUCACCGACUUAGAGAAGCACUUCACAUCCGCCGAUAAAGAACGACGAUGCAUCCUCACUCCCAAACAAGUCGGAUAUGCGAACAAAGCGACGGAGAAACCAACAAAAGGAACCGCGAACAAAGCAACAAACCGGAGGCAUCCCAUGUACUAUUGCUGGUCCCACGGACAGGGCCCAAACAGCAACCACACAAGCAACACCUGCACCAAGAAACUCCCUGGCCACCGAGAUGAAGCUACAGCUGAUGACAUGCUAGGCGGAUGCUGUGUCAUCCAUCGUAGGGCUGGUGAGAAAGCAGUCUACAGGCGCCCUCAGCGCCCAAGCCGUGAAAACGAAGAGAACCAAGUUCCACCAACCAACACCUGA